AUAUAAUAGAGGACUGGAGCUGGCAAACAAGUUCCAACAGCAAGCCUUUGUAUUCUAGUUACUUUGUGGCUCUUUAACCAUGCCUAUGGAUUUCAGCGGCACCUGGAACCUUGUCAGCAGUGACAACUUUGAAAGCUAUAUGUUGGCAUUAGGUAUUGAUUUUGCCACUCGUAAGAUAGCAAAAAUGCUGAAGCCGCAGAAGGUCAUCAAACAGGAGGGGGACUCGUUCUCUAUCAGCACAACAAGCACUUUCCGCAACUACUUUGUUGAGUUCAAGAUCGGAGAGGAGUUUGAAGAAGACAACAAAGGCUUGGACAACAGAAAAUGCACGAGUGUAGUUACCUGGGACAAUGACAAACUUGUUUGUGUCCAGACUGGGGAGAAGAGGAACAGAGGAUGGACCCACUGGAUCGAAGGAGAUGAGCUGUAUUUGGAACUCCGGUGUGAAGAACAAGUAAGCAGGCAAGUUUUCAAGAGAGUGUGAAGCUAAUCUCUGUCGUGUACCUGAAUGACAACUGUGCAGUGUUCUUGCAUAGCAAUACUGCAGACUUGGAGCGCUAACUAAAAUGGCAGCUUUAUAGGUCAAACCUUUUCUCCCUCUGUUGUUCUUUUUAUAGGAACAUUUCAAACAAUCCUCUGGAACAAAAGUUGUGACUGUUACCAGCACUUAAUGUAUAACUUCAUUAAAAAGACAACUAUUAGCAAUGCAGAA